AUGAAGGUUCUGUUUUUUUCUCUUCUUUGGCCUGCUGUAGCCAGCGCUGCUGCCUGCAAGCCAACACCCCCUAAAUCGAAAGCCGCUUGCAAGUUGGCCGCCAUUGACAGCGUGGAUAUGAGUGUCGGCUUCGACUACAAUGGGGACUGUGCCCCAAGCACCGGAACUCUCAAAAGCUUCAUGAUAUUUGUUGACUUUUCUGAUGCCGAAGCCGCCGAAGGCGAGACCCCCCAAUCGCUCUACGACGCUAUAAUCCCCCAAACAACCGAAUGGUACAGACAGGCUUCUCAUGGGGCUCUGUCAUUCAAUGUUUCGGCCGAUCUAUCCAAGUUCUACCGCAUGCCCGCAUCUGCUGCAUCAUAUGGAUGGGAACGAGGUCUCACAUGGGCAGAACAUCAAGAAUACAUCCAGGAUGCCCUCGACGCCUACACAGCCAAAGGCACUCGCCCUCCACCUCCUGAAUCAGAUGUCCUCUACGUUGUUCCCGUAAAGAGCGUCAGUGUUAGAGGAAUCUCUCGGUCCAUCACCUUCGUUACGCGAGCAAAGACUAGACAGGGUGAUUAUGUUGCCCGGAAGACCGUCACCGUUGGGACCGACGCAUUUACGGCUUGGGGACCGAAAAGCUGGAUUGUAUUGGCUCACGAAACCGGACAUACUAUGUGUUUGGCCGAUUUGUACCCGUUCGAGGAUCUUGGCCUGGGUUACUACGUUGGUGGCUGGAGUGCCAUGGGUGACGUCUCUGGCAUUGGCCCCGAUUUCUUCGCCUGGGACAAAUGGCGACUGGGUUGGAUUGACGACAAGUCUAUCGACUGUGUUUCGGAGCGAGGAACUACUCAGCACACUCUUACCCCACUAGAACUAAACACUUCUGACAAUGCCGUCAAAGCUGUUGUCGUCGCCGUCAACCAAACCUCCGCACUUGUCGUAGAGGCCCGUAUACCCGAGGGUCUUGAUUCAGGCGUGUGCGCCCCCGGCGUCUUACUCUACACAGUUGAUACCUCGGUCAAGUCAGGCUACGGCCCUAUCCGUGUUGCAGAUGUGACCCCAGAAUCAGGUGGCUGCGGUAACGAUAGCGUCUACGACAAGAAUGAUGGAACGUUGUCCCUGGUACAGGGUGGAGUGAGCGUAUAUAAGGUUCCUGGCUGGGGAGUUCAGAUUAUUCUAGUAAAGCAGACAGAGAAGAGCUAUACUAUUAGAGUUGAUGCUGAGUUGUAG